AUGGAGGAGUCAUUCCACCAUGGAUGGGAGAUGGAAGAAACUACAAGUGAAGGAAUGUCAACUUAUCCGUUUGUAGAUCUGUAUGCAGGAGAUGGAAUGUCCAUAGUGCAAGAUGUUCGUGGCAUGAAGGUAGUUCCCAGCAAGCCAGUUGUUGUAGGAAGUCUUAGCAGCAAAGUAGUAGUUGAUUCCUGGAGCGGUGUUCCGGCAAAGGGACUAAACAAGAUGUUCAAUGUCAGCAGUGAAAUGGAACCAACCACGUUUUCCAAGACUGAGCUGAUGUUCACAUUCCUGGUUUUAUCUCUCACUACUCUCGUGGGUGUCCCCGGCAAUGCUCUGGUGCUUUGGGUUACUGGAGUGAAGAUGGAGAGGACCGUGACCACCGUUUGGUUUGGGAACCUUGCUCUGGCCGAUAUCAUGUGUUGCUUGUGUCUUCCAUUGUGUGGAGUGCAGUCCUUCUACCCUGACUGGCUGUACGGUCCUGCCAUCUGCUGGAUGUUAUUGUUCAUCCUCAUCCUUAACAUGUAUACCAGUGUCUUCACCCUGGUGGCUAUCAGCGUUGACCGAUGGAUUCUGGUGGUCCAUCCCGUGUGGGCCCGAAAUCACAGAAGAAUCAGAAUGGCGUGGAUUAUAUGCUUGGCUAUUUGGAUGUUGUCCUUCGUGAUGUGUCUGCCUGCCGUCAUCUACAAGAGAUAUGGCACCUCUCAUAACGAGACCUCCUGUUAUUUAGAACCUCACAUGAUAGAGCCCUUCUACCUCACAUGUGCGAUGUUUGGAUUUCUGAUCCCUCUUUUUAUCAUUUGUAUCUCUUACAUUCAUCUGUCUUUUAAAGCCCAACAUAUCAGAUUUUCUGAAGUAGGUAGAAAAACAAUCAAGAUGUCAAUAAGUAUUAUUGUCGUGUUUUUCACCACCUGGGCGCCCUACCACAUCAUAAGAGUAACCCUGCAAUACACUGAUAAUCGGGUACUGCCCAUCCUGUACAUUCUCUCGCAGUCUCUGGCCAUGUUCAAUAGUUGCGUCAACCCAAUACUCUACGUCUUCAUGGGGAAACAUAUGAAGCAGAAGCUGAGGCAGUCUAUUGGCGAGCUCAUGCAAAAUAUAUUUAGGAAGAACGUAUUAUCCCCACCUUGCAGUGAGGACCAGCGCCCCCCAGAAGAAGAAGAAAGCCUCCCGCUCUAA